UCUGAUUGUACAAUCAGCUGUAUCUCAUUCAGUAUGUAUGUGAGUGUAUAUUGCAUUAGAGUUUGUGUGCGUUUAAGUGUUUUGUUUGUGGGGUUAUCUCAUUUGUUGGACUUUUUCUGCUCUUCGUGUUUGUACUGUAAGUGCUUACCUUUCUCUGUGUGUGUAUGCAUGUGUGUGCACGUUCACAGAAAGCGCUCGCACUCCCGCGUCUCUCUGUCUGUCCCUCCAGGAGAAGACCGACCCAGGGACAGCGCAGCGGGCACGGCGGAUGGCCAGGCGGUAGGGGGCGGAGCCGGGUGCGAGGUCGGGAGUGGCCGGCGAAGGCUCCGCUGCUGCUUGAGAGUCACGGCCGUCCAGGUGCGCAAGGCCCUGUGGGGCGUCGUCAUGGUGAUAUGCGUCUGCUCCUCCUGGGCGGGCUCCACCCAGCUGGCCAAGCUGACCUUCAAACAAUUUGACGCACCCUUCACCCUCACCUGGUUUGCCACCACCUGGAAUUGCCUCUUCUUCCCCCUCUACUACGUGGGACACCUGUGCAAGAGCCCGGAGCGGCAGGGCCCAAAGCAGAGGGUCAGGGAGUGCUGCAGAUUCUUUGGAGAUGACGGUCUGACAGCGAAGGUGUUCUUCACCAAGGUGGCCCCCUUCGGCCUGCUGUGGACCCUGACCAACUACCUGUACUUGCAGGCGAUCCGCAAGAUCAACACCACCGACGUGUCUGCGCUCUUCUGCUGCAACAAGGCCUUUGUCUUCCUGCUGUCCUGGAUCGUGCUGCGCGAUCGCUUCAUGGGCGUCAGGAUUGUUGCAGCCAUCCUGGCCAUUGCUGGAAUUGUGAUGAUGACAUACGCCGAUGGGUUCCACAGUCACUCCGUAAUUGGCAUCACGUUGGUGGUGGCCUCCGCCUCCAUGUCUGCACUCUACAAGGUACUUUUCAAACUGGUUCUGGGCAGUGCCAAGUUUGGAGAAGCGGCUCUGUUCCUUACCAUCGUGGGUGGAGCCAACUUUGUCUUCAUCAGCUUUGUGCCAGUCAUCCUCUACUUUACUCAUGUCGAGUACUUUGGCUCACCUGAUGACAUCCCUUGGGCCAACCUGUGUGGAGUAGCGAGUCUGCUGCUGGCUUUCAACCUCCUGGUGAACUUUGGCAUUGCAAUAACUUACCCGACACUCAUUUCCCUGGGCAUUGUCCUGAGUGUCCCUGUUAAUGCCAUGGUGGACCUGUACACCUGCGAGAUCCAGUUCAACACGGUGCGCCUUAUCGCAGUCUUCAUCAUAUGCCUGGGUUUCCUCAUGCUGCUGCUGCCCGAGGACUGGGACCAGUGCCUGAUCCAGCUGAGCACCAAGCUACGCAAGAAGGAGGAGGCAGCAGACGGUACGGGAGAAGUGGGCGCCAGUUCGAGCCUCAACUGGAGCCGCAGGACCCGGACCUCCAUGUCCACGUUUGGCCACUGACCGCACCUUUUCUCCGCUCGUCCCACCCCACGAACGAGUCCGGAACCCCAUCCACACCGAUCCUGCCUGGCCCUGGCUUUCACUCCCAGC